AAUUCCUUGUGUUCCUGUCCCAUCUUCAUCUCUUAUCACAUAUCCCAAACUGCGCCCAAAUUGAAGGGCCACGAUUUUCAUUGGUAAAAAAGUCAUGGAUCGGAUUACUAUGGCGGCACGUCUUAUGAUAAUAUCUGAUCUUGAUCAUACAAUGGUUGAUCAUCAUGAUCCUGAGAACAUGUCUUUGCUUAGGUUUAAUGCACUGUGGGAGUCGAAUCAUCGUCAUGACUCUCUGCUGGUUUUCUCCACUGGGAGGUCACCUACGCUCUACAAACAGUUGAGGAAAGAGAAACCCAUGUUGACUCCUGAUAUAACUAUUAUGUCAGUGGGAACCGAGAUAACAUAUGGCAACUUAAUGCUGCCAGAUAAUGGCUGGGUUGAAGUUCUGAAUCAGAAAUGGGAUAGAAACAUAGUCACUGAAGAAACAAGCAAGUUUUCUGAGCUCACGCUUCAGGCAGAAACAGAGCAGCGACCACACAAGGUUAGCUUUUAUGUUGAUAAAACUAAGGCCCAGACAGUGAUGAAGGAACUAUCAUACUGUUUGGAAAAGCGUGGGCUGGAUGUUAAAAUAAUUUAUAGUGGAGGAAUGGAUUUGGACAUAUUACCACAAGGUGCGGGCAAAGGACAGGCUCUUGCAUAUUUACUUAAGAAGUUUAAGACUGAGGGAAACCCACCUACUAAUACUCUUGUCUGUGGUGAUUCUGGAAAUGAUGCUGACCUCUUCAGCAUUCCGGAAGUGUAUGGAGUCAUGGUCAGCAAUGCCCAAGAAGAAUUGUUGCAAUGGCAUGCUGAAAAUGCAAGAGGUAACCCUAAUAUAAUCCAUGCUAAAGAAAGGUGUGCAGCUGGAAUCAUAGAAGCCAUUGGACAUUUUAACCUUGGGCCAAACACUUCUCCAAGAGAUGUUGCAGAUUUUAUGGAAUGUAAGCUGGAAAAUGCCAAUCCUGGUCAUGAAGUAGUGAAAUUUUACGUGUUCUAUGAGCGAUGGAGGCGAGGGGAGAUUGACAACUGUGAGACAUAUAUAGCAAGUCUGAAAGCUUCUUGUGAUCCAUCUGCUAUUUUUGUCUUUCCAUCUGGUGUUGAGAAAACCCUUCAUGAAUGCAUACACAGCAUGAAAGGGUGCCAUGGAGACCAAAAGGGUAAACAGUUCCGGAUCUGGGUGGAUCGCGUAUUAUCCACACCAAUUGGCUCAAACACAUGGCUAGUGAAGUUUGAUAAGUGGGAGUUAUCUGGUGACGAGCGGUAUUGUUGUGUGACCACUGUUAAAAUAAAGGCAAAGGGGUCCAGUGGUUCAGAUGGUUACGUAUGGGUGAAUGUGCAGCAGAAGUGGUUAGAAGGAUUUGAAAAGAAGGAUGAUUCAACCGUACUUUUCUAAGGCAUAUACGCUGCAACAUUCUUUCUCUGGACUUGGUAUAAAGUUCUAUUGAAAUAAAUGCAUCCAAAAUUUAAUAUGUA